CUGCAGCAUAUGUUACCGAUACACAGUUUGUGCAUAGUUUUGUUUUUCGUCGGUUACCCGAAUAUGUCGAACAGGUAUAAAAUUAAAAAUAAUUUCAUGUCUCUACCGGGACCGAUCAUUGCGCAAGCGUAUUCUAAUGAUCACAAAAUUUAUUUUCUCCGGGUGGGCUGAUUGAUUCCCACCCGUCCUCAUCGGCUGUAUCUUUUUGAUCAGUGGAACGAGUAAAUAACGAGAUUUCGUCGUCGACAGUCCGUUUCGUGUAGGGUUUUAAUUCCUCGCCCGAGUUUUAUAUGAAAGUUCGUGUCUCGUUUGAUAAAAAAAAAUAUAUGUUUCACUAUAUACCCGUACUCUUAAACAGAUUCUGCUAGUAUUCGGGAUGACUCGAUUAAAACAACCUGAGCAAACGUUUAAAUUGCAUUCGUAUAAUUAGACCGGUGGAAAUAAUGUACGAAGCCGCUAUAACGAACUCGACAAAAAAUAAAUAAACAACGAUAUAAAUGUGCGUUUUUCUACCUUUUUUUUUCUAUAUAAAACCGAAAGAUAAACGAUACAUCUCAGAUUAUUAGGUUUUAAUAUUUUUUUUUUUUUUUAUAUUCUCCGGGAAAAUUCGAAAACUUCUGUAGCUGUGAAAAACAAGAGUGUAAGACAAAGUAUAUUAUGAGAUAUUUUUAAUAUUUUGGAAAUAAUAUUUACGUUUUCCAAGACCAAAUACAUUUUAUACUAACAGUGUUUUUAUAAAAAAAAAAAAAACAUACACUUAGUGUCUAUAAUAUACUAGAUGUAUCUACAGUUUUUGAUAAUUUCUUAUACAAUCAUAUACCUAAGAUAUAUUAUAUUUGUACCUAUAUAGAAAUACAAUUUUUUUUAACGUGAGUAUUAUGAUGUGAGAUAGAAUCAAUUUUAAAACAUAGCAACAUAAUUUGAAAAUAAUAACCACCGGAAUACACUAAGAAAUACGACACGCUUAUAUUAAUAAAAAUAAUUUUGUCGUUUUUACGAUCGUUUCAGGAGACUUUGGACACUGGCGAUGACGGUGAGUGCAGUUCCGGUUCACAAGCGGACAACAUCGAGUACGUGCGUCGGAAACGUCGGUUGCGCCGGAAACAGAACAAACUGCCAUGGUCAGUGGUCAACCCGGACGAGAAUUUCUAUUUCAACUGGCUAAUGGUGUUGACCGGGUGCACGCUGUACAACCUGUGGACCGCGAUCGUGCGGCAGAGCCUGCCCGAGCUGCAGCGCAUGGCGUCCGGCUGGUGGUCGGCCACGGACGCGUUCAGUGACAUGGUGUUCCUGUUAGACGUGGCCGUUCAGUUCCGCACCGGGUACCUGGAACAGGGGUUGAUGGUAUACAAUACCAGAAAGCUGGCCGGUCACUACAUCCGGUCCCGGUCGUUUCUCUUUGAUCUCAUCGCCCUCACGCCACUCGACCUGCUCCAGCUCAAAAUCGGCGUUCACCCCAUACUCCGAUUCCCCAGAUUCAUUAAGGUAGGUAUACCCAUAAUAGUUCGAUCCACGGUCCGAACUUUAAGGUCCAUUUCCCCAACCUGUAGUUCGAAUCGUUCAUACACGUUUGAAAUUCAAAAGAUUGAUUUCUGGAACCCUGCAGUAAGUUGCUGUAAGAAUUAACUUUACUCUUCCGUCGCACACCGAUAUGAAAUCAAAAACAAACUGGCUAAAACUAAUAAUUCUCAAAAAUUAAUCCCGAAAAAUGUAGAAUCAUAAGUUUAAUGGUCAUAGUCUAUAGAACCCGAAUUUGUUAUCGAUUUUAAAAUUCAUCCCUUAUUUAGGGCGUUAAGAGAGUGUGUCUUAUUUGUAUAUAAUUAGUCGUGUAAAAUAACCGCGAUAUAUUGACUUAACCAAACAUAAUCAAGCUAAAACUUAAAUAUAUCUCUUUUUUUUUCAACAAUUAAUCAAUUAAGUCUAUUAAAAUAUACGAAGCAUUGUUUUGUUAAAUAAACACAAAUACGAGUAAUUAUAAUUGUACAAGUUCAAACAAUAUUUUAUAUUUUUAAUCGUAUUCGUCCGUUAUUUCUUUACUUUCGUCUAUUUCACUGUCACGGUAACAAUCAUUGCCUUAAUGAAAUAAAAAUUACAUAACAAAAAUAAAAGAAUUUACUGGAUUCUUGUUUUCUUUUGUACUUUAAACAAUAUAAUAUAAAAUAAUACAAUGAAAAGAAAUAUUUUUGGAAUAAUUGUAUAUAUUGAGUAGUUCAAUAACUUAUUUUAAAUAAAAAGUAUAAAAAGUUAAAAAAAAAAAAGAUGUCUAAAUAUUUUCUAGAUAGUUUUUUUCGAUUUUAAACCAGUGUGUACCGCCAUUAUGGUAUAUAAUCGACAUUUUCAUUGUCCAAUUGAUGUUCAUCGACCGAACCGCGUGACUUUUAUUUCGUCCUACACGUGCGUAACGAGGGUUUUAGUCUAUAAGUUUCUUCUUCUGUCUUUAAAGACCAUAUUUGAAUGAUAAAUUCACCAUCUCGUUAUGGACUUAAGUAACUCUUAUAAAAAUUUUUACUGAUAUUGUACCUUUACUAACAUCUAUAUAUUUGUUUAUUUAUUAGACUUUAAAUGCGUGUUUAUAAACCUGUUUUCAGUUUGUUCCUCACCAGGAAAUUACUUCAUGGAUGCCCAUGUUUAUAAUCUUUCUUUCUUCUGGUUUCUAUUUUCUUUUUUUCUUUUUUUUGGCUGCUCUAUGGGGUAGUUGUUUUAUAAUAUAAUAUUAUCUAUAACUAUGGUGGUUUAUACUGACUACGUGAGUAUACUGUAGCAGUCCAAGUUUUAUUCGAUUUCUGUGCUCGCACAUGACAAAUUAUUUCUCAGUGCUACGUGUAUGUAUAGGUAGUCACAGUUCGACGAAAAACGUAAUAAAUGCCACAUGUUUCAAUAUUUGUUUUUUUUAUUGUCUCGUGAAAACAUGCGCGUUGUACAUUAGUCAAAUUGUUCGAUAUACCGUAAAAAAAAUAUAUAUAUAAUACAUGUCACCUACAAACAAAUGAGCUUUCACUCAAUAUCCGAUCCCGAUAUACGAGUAAGUACAGUACCUACCACACAGACAGUAACAACUGUAAAAUAUAGAAGUAUUUUUUUCCUUUUCUGCAAAAUUUCAAAAUCGGUCAUUAUUAUAAUAAUUAUUUUAUAGGUUUUUCUUCAUAAAUAUUGAAACAAAAUCGAUGAAAUGAGUGGCGAAGAGCAAUACUACAAUAAUAAAUGUCGUCUCAAACUUUUCUCAUAGUCGAUAAACACGCGAAUGAGGUUACAAAUGUUCGUAAAUUGUAACAAUUAUUAUAAGCUCUCCUAUAAGGUUUAAAAAAAUGAUACAAUUAUAUAAUAUUAUAACCACUACUUUUAAUGUUUGCAAUUAAAUGUGAAAAAUAGAGCCAUUUGGUGACGAUGGGUUCUUAAAAUCAAAAACUAAACCACAAAUCUUGAUUAAAUCUAAUUCUAAUUUCAAUAUUAUACAACUAUACCUACUUAAUUAUAUAACUUGAAAUGCCGUAUGGUAAUUAUGAAGAUAUCGUAUUAUGAUUCUUUAAGUUCCUUAAUACAAUUGUAAGAUAAGUUGGAAUUAUUUUUAAAAUUGUAAUUCUUUUGAUAAAAGGCAUACAAUUUUAAUAAACAUUUUUCAAAUACACAAAAAAGGUUUUUCCGAUUUUCAGUAAAAUAAUUAAAUUUCUAUUUCCGACAUAUUCUAGUAAAGAAUCUAAAGAAUCAUAAUCAGUGUUCAAAAUUUAAAUCCGUCAACUACAAUUCUUAUAGUUUUGUGCAACCCUUAACUUGGUUAUUUUUUCGUUUUAGGAUAAUUUAACUAAUUAAAAAACUUACCCAGCUUUGAUUAACGCUUUUUAUAUGUACUUCAAGAAUUUUGAAUCUGUGACUUCCCAAAAUAAUAUAAGCAGUAAUAAAAUGUCAUUGUUAUCGAAAAAAAAAAAUAAACAAUGACCCCACUUUUUUUUUCUGACGACGAUCCGUAAACUGACUUUUCCCGUCCAUGCCAUCACUCUGUACAUUUUCACUCGGGUUCGAAAUAUAUUAUACAUAAUAAUAAAAUAAUAAAUCACUGCAGAAUCACAUGGAGUCGCGCGAGGUCGCUGACGUCCCCGUGAUGAUGGAUAUCUGUGUGGACAUAUCUCUGAUAUUGUAAUGAUAUUAUUAUUAUUAUUAUUAUUAUUAUUGUAUUAAAUAGACAAGCAAAUUUCACGACUCCGAUGACAUCUUUUCGUCUUUGUAACCAACGAAAAGAGUUUUCGGUGUUUAUUUUUUCUGUCAAAAGAAAAAACAUCGCAAGAUCGUUCCGAUCCUUAAUACCGAACCGUAAUAUUCAAUAAGACGUUUCCCGAGAAAUGGCCAAGUGAGUCUCCCCGACAUUUUUUUACUUACUACAAAUGAUUAUAAAAUAAUUGCAUUACUGUUUCAUUAUAUGAGAUUAUAGAUUAGUGGUAUUUAGGUACGUACGACGUGAUCUCUACACGAAUACAAAUCGUAUAGGAAUUCGUUUAACUACAACCAUUUUAACUAUUAUAAAUCAUCGUUAUUUUACAUUGACCGUUACGUACGUUUUAGUUUUUGAGUGGAGAUUAUUUUUUGAUUUCCCCGUGCGUUUUUCCAAUAAAUGGGAAAAACCUGGAAUAACAUGGGAAAAACGGGAAAAUAGGUACAAUAUUAAACAAAUAUUAUUAAAGAAGUUAUAUAAUACAUAUGUAAUUAUUUUACCAUAAUAUGACAUAUUAUAUUAUAUUGUUGACAAAGCAACACUAUCAACCGCACUCCGCUCAAAAUCAUUAUUUUUCGUUUUUUAGCUAUAGUUAAUCGUUGCGUACAGUUUUACACUAAAUUUCCCUUCGACUACCUUCCCAACUUUUGACCUACAACAGUGGCCCACCCAUGUACGAAGUAUGUUAGUCUUUUUUUUACGUUUAUGUUAUAACGAGUAUUGUACGCAACUUGUGAAAAACUAUUGCUAAUAUUUUCGCUUGUAUUCCCCAUUGGUACGAUAUAGUCAUUAGUUAGUAGUUAUAUUCAUAACAAUAUCGUAUUAUUAAUUUAUUUGUUCGUACAGUUCAAGUUAAAGAGUUACCUUAAAACGAUACAACGCCAUGCGAUAAUGUUAUUCAAAUUUGAAUACUCGAACAAGCUGUAAUAACCACCCCCCUAUAAAAUAUUUAUAAGAAAAAUAAACUUAUAAAACAUAUAUUGCAGAUAAUAAUGGUGCCUACUAUAUUUUACAAUUAGACGUUAUCUAAUUUAACAAUAUACUUGUACAUUCAAAACAAAUUUGAAAUUAUCAAUAUACACAGACACAACUAUUUAAUGAAAUAAAAUUAAAAUAUAAUCAAGGUAAAAUUUCAUAAUUAAAAUAACAAUAUUAGCCUGACCUGAAGACGCCACUAAUAACUAUGUUGCGAUGUGUAACCCUUGUUAUCUGCACCUACAAAAAUGUAUGCUAUUAAUUUGCAUAAAUUGUAGAAAAUUAAAUUAUAUAAUAUACCGAACAAAAGAUUAGUUUGGAAAUUAAAUUAAAAAUAUACACCAAACAUAAUAUAAACCGUGAAUUUAGCACCACGAUCGCCGAGUGAGAUUUUCAUCGCUUUUCUUUGUAUCGUCUAAUAUUAAACGUAAUCCUUUUGAAAAAUCUUUUUAACUUUCCAGUUUUUCUUCGCACGAUCGCAGCAGUUCAACUACCAAAACUACCGAGGAAUAUCACUGUUGAAUACAAUGUAUAAAGUAUUAUCAGGCCUUAUUCUUUUUGGAAUGAGGCCUUUUAUAAAAGAUAUCAUAGGAGAUUGCCAAUGCAGCUUUAUAAGUGGUAAAUCUACUAUAUAUCACAUUUGCACAGUUAAACAAUUAAUGAGAAACAUUUUGAAUUUGAACAUGCUGUUCAUUGACUACAAACAGGCAUAUGAUUAUGUUAAUAGAGAAGCGCUAUGGAAUGCAUUUAUAACCUUUAGGAUACAAACUUAAAUAGUGAAAGUGAUCAAACUUUAUAUGUAUAAAACGAGUUGUAAAAUUAGGUUCAAUCAGUACAUGUCAGAGAAAUUCGAAGUCAAGACCGGACUUUGAUGACAGGGAAAUACUAUAUCUCCAGUAAUCUUUAAUUUAUCAGAAGUGGUAGUAAAUAAAACUCAGAACAAGUAUAGUGGAUUUAACCUGGAAAAUAACAGAGGAAAAUGCAGAAUACUAACGUACGCAAAUGGUAUUAUAUUAGGAUCAAAUAUUCAAGAAAUAAAAACGGGCACCAAGGAACUAAUAAUAAAUAGUCUUUACCAAGUUUUAGCCAAUGUCUUUACAUUUGACUACAGAUUAAUAACUCAAAGACCAAAUAUAUGGUAAUAUCUAGACGAGAAAACCAUGGGGAAUAUUUGAAAGUCGAAAGUUAUACAUAUGCAACAGUACAUAGUUUUAAAUACUUGGGCGUCACAAUAAAUAGUAAAAACAAUUAUUAUAAAGAAAUUAAAAUAAGAACAACUGCAGUGAACAAAUGCUAUUAUGGACUAACGAAUAUCUUAAAAUCAAAACAAGUAUCACUUAAAUCGAACAUUACACUACACAAGGUAGUUAUCAGACCAAUUAUUUUGUAAGCGUAUGAAACAUGGCCAACUACCAAAAGAGAUGAAGACAAAAUAGCAAUCACUCAAAGAAAAAUAUACGGACCAAAAAGAAAUAAUGUAACACAACAACAUGAAAUAAAAACAGUAUAGAACUACAACAGUUGUAUAAGGAAUCGGACGUGGGCGCGUAAAAUAUUAGAGAAUAUAUUGUUAGAACCGUAUUUUGUCGGAAAGUAAUUUUUAUCCAAUGAUGAUAACAUGUAGUCACAGAGUGCUUAUGAUGAAAUUUUAAUUAACAGUUACGACAAAAUACUUUCCAAUAAAUUAUAGCCCGCCUAUAGUAUAUAUAUAUAUAUAUAUAUAUACUACAAUAUAGAAAAAUUGCUUGGGCUAGUCAUGUAUGGAGAAAGAAUAGUCUAAUGAAAGCAAUUUUAAUAUGGAAAACCCCAUGGAAAAAGACCACUAGAAAGGCCAAAACAAAAGUGGAUAUAGACAAAGUGGAAAGGAUUUUAACAGAAACUGGAAUACGGGAUGGAGAAAUAUUAGCACAGGAUAGAGAUUAGUGGAAGCAGGUUUGUGUUGCGGUAAUGGACCUCAUCGGCCUUUGAAAACGGAAGAAAAGGAAUAAGUAAAAUAUGUAUAGAUUAUGUAGAUUAUAUACUAUCUACUAUAUACUAUUAUAAUAGUAUCUUUAAUAUACGUAUGCCUCGCAAAUACAAAAAUGUAUCCUUCUGACUUGAUUUGAAAGGAGGGAGGUCUGUAGGGAUGUUCAAAGCUAAAAUAUCACUUUCCUUAAUUAUUUAGAUAAAUUAAUUUGUAUAUUUAUUUAUUUAUUCGUAUCUGUAGAUAAAAAUCGUAUGCAAAUAGUUCAAACUGUAUACCUAUUUAUCUAAAUAAAUUUAUCCAGAUAAGUCUCAACAAUUAAUAUUGAUAUUAAGACAGUUUAAAACAUCUAUAUUUAAGUAGCAUGGAAUCGCCACUUAUGGCUAUUUUAAAAAUUUGUUUCUGUUAAUAUUUGACUUAAUCGAUAUACGAUUAUCGACUCAAAUUCAAAAUACAUUAUAAGUUUACCAAUACUAAUUUUGAAUUUCAAAGUCUUAAGAACAUUACGGAAUAAAAAAUUAGUAUUAAUAUUUUUAAUAAUCACAUUUUCCCAUUAGGGUAGAUAUCUUUUAUUAUCAAUGUAUUUGUAAUAAUUGAUAUCAUCCGCUAAAUUAAUUAAUGUAGAUAAGUAGGUACAACAAUAACCAUGAUGCGAUUUAUCAAAUAACAAAAUUACACAGUUAAAUAAAAUAAAAAUUAAUGGAAUAUCCAGAUAUCCGGAAUAUUGACCAUAGGUAGUAUGGUAGGUAUAUUAUACCUGUACCGACAAAUUUGAAUAACAUGAAAUCGGUUUUUAAUACAAUAUUUUUCAAUUAUUUACAAUAAAAUUAACAAUAUUCGAUCAAAUAAUUUAUAAUUAUUUUAAUAAUUGUAUUCAUUUUAUACUGUUCUUAGUAUUGUUUUGUUUUUUUUCUCCAGAAAGUAUACUUAUAAAAAAUUCGAUGUAAUACAAUCGUUUCUCUAUAAGUAUACGCUAAGUGCACUUUAAGCAAUUCACGUAUAGUAUAAUUUAAUAUUUUAAACUUUCUAAACGAAAAGUUUGUUUAUGGAGAGAUAAGGUUUACUGCAAUAUUGUUGCGUUAAUGUUAAAUUAUCUAAGUUAUAACGUCCGGAGACCUUAUAUAUUAUAUUAUGUGAUCGAUGUUUGACAAAGCUAAUUUUGUUAUUAUAAUAUAAUAUAUUAUAAGGUUGGGGUUAGGUUAAAGAAUCCGCUAAAGUAUUCACAGACGCUCAUUAAACAUCACAGGUUACGGAAAUUUAAUUUUAAUGCAUAAAAUAUUUUCACAGAAAAGUUAACGAGUACGCCUAUUAAUGAUAAACGUAGGUAUAAUUAUUUAUUUUGAAAAAAAAAUGAGAGAUAAAUUAUUAUAAUUAUUAUAAUAUCUAAAAUCUUCUCUUACAAUAUUAACAGCAUUCCUGUCAAGUCAUCUGGCGAAUUUAUUCUAACCCGUAACCUCUCCCCAAAUAAACACAUAGAAAUGAUUUGUUGCAAGGCACUCAAGGUUCUUAGUUUUGUUUUUCGCUCCUCCCAACUAUUCCACCUAGUCCUGCUCAUCAAAAUCCUCUACUGCGCGUUAGUUAGACCCAUCAUUGAGUACGACAGCGUGCUAUGAGAUCCAGAUACUGCAUUAGUCAGCGUUUCUGUGGAGAAUGUCCAGAAAAGGUUUUUCCGCGCUGUUUCUUUCCGACUCUAUAUUCCUUGUCCUGUCUUCCCGGAUUACUCGCCUGUUCUAUGCAAACUGGGCCUCACAAGUCUGGUAUACCAUAGACAGGCAAGUAACAUUUCAUUCCUGUUAAAUCUCUCCAUUGGCAAUAUUGAUUUUCCUACUCUUCUCUUCCUCAUUAAUUUUGAAGUUCCACAUCGAUCCACUCGAUUCCAUGUUCCAUUCCAUAUUUCCCAGUCAUCUUCUAACUUUCUUGAAAACUCAUCAACCGUCUAAUUUAGACUACUAACUGUAACCCCUCCUUUUUUACUUAAUUUUCAAUGUUAAAUCCAUGUAAUUAACUAAUUGUAAAAUAUAAAAAAUUAACUCAAAGUAAACUGGGCUUGUCCCAUAUUAAAUAUAAAUUAAUAAAUAAAUAUUUAUUAAAAACGUAGAGAAUACGUCAAAGUGUACAGCAUUAAAGAUUUUUAUUGUUAUUCGGUUAUAAAUUAUAAUAGAGACCUGUGGUUUUCACCAAUCACUUAUAUUGGCUUUAUAUAGACAUGGUGAAAAUUUCAAAAUAUUCUAACUAUUUUAAGCCAUUUUAUUAGUUACUUGAUAUAUUCGUGGUUUUAUAUGUAUUUUUUAUUUUUAUUUGGUAUAGAUACCAAUAUGUUAUUACAAUUAUAUAACUUAAGAGAAAUGUUUGAAAAUUUGACUCAAGGUACAUUACAAGUCUUAAUUAGUGUUUUAAAGAACAAAUUUGUGUUACGGGCCGUUCGGACACAGCCUUUUGAUGGGAAAAUGUACAAGUGCGUUUAGGUCUACAAAUCGUCUUUAUUAGAAUUUAAACAAAACACGGUUGACAGAUUAUAUUUGUAAGCGAAAACUAUACGACACCAGACCCGGGUGAAGACUUAGUUGUAAUUAUCAAGUAUAAGUACACUGAAGAAAUGACUGAACGGGUUGGCGUCGAGGUGACGGUGCUCCUCCUUCUCAUGCGUCGGUGGUGGUGUAGCUGUCUCGACUUCUGGCUGAGCUAAGAGCUUAAGCUCCUAUGUGUUCUUGGUGAUGAUCCCGGUCUCCUUAUAUAUGUUUGUCGCCUCGAUCGGGACCUGUGUGAUAGUGGACGCUGCCGCUGUUGUCUGCUGGUGGUACGUCGUCUUUACCCGGACACUUUUUCCCUUUGGCCCAUGAACACGUAUCAUCCGUUGUUGCAUGGGAACGUCGUUGGUUUACCACAUCCGUAUUAAUGGCUCUUACGUGCGUACACUUAAUGCGACGACCGAAUUCAUAUCUUGUCGCGUAGAAUUAUUAAUGUACAAUUAACUAACUUAAACACGUGAAGGACAGAGUCCAUAAUAUUUGACUUUAUUGUCAUUUUUUUUUCUUAAGACCAAAUUUUGACGAAUAUUGUAAAAAUUACGGUAUUACAAAAUAUGUGUUAUCGAACUUCACUCCGAAUCGUUUUUCGUUAGAAAUGAUUUAUCGUUGCGGACAGAUAUAAAUUAAAUAACUUUAUGUAUCAUAUCCUAUCUUUUCAACUUCCCAUCUACAACAUUAGCUGCGCCCGUCCCCACUAUUAGCUUUUUUUAUUAUUAACAGCAGUCAUAAUAUUUUAUGAAUAUAAUAUUAUAUACCUAUACGGAGUACUUAAACUUUAAACAAACAAAAGAACCUAAGGCCUUAAAAUGUCAAAAAACGUUUCAAAUAAUGUGCCAUCAGAUUAACAGUUAACAUUUUUUAAAGUAUGACAUGAGCAAAUCAAAUAAUUUUUACUAACUAACCAAAAGUGUUUUCUGAGAAAAAAAAUACAUCCUUGUAAAAUUAAUAGCUUCUUCACUACAUUCAAAAUCUAAAAAAAUUUAAAUCAAAAAGUCUUCGAUCUUCAGUCCUCUCUGAAUUAAAAACCAAACUAAUUAGUUAAUAAUUUUGUUCGUCCGCAGGUUUAUAGAGUUUACGACUAUUACUACAUGGUGGAAUCAAGAACCGUUUACCCGAAUUUAUGGAGAGUUAUAAAUUUAAUUCACAUCCUGUUGAUACUGGCUCAUUGGUUCGGAUGUUUCUAUUAUCUACUAUCCGAAGCUGAAGGAUUCAAAGGAGACUGGGUGUAUCCGUACAAGCCCGGCGAGUACGCUACCUUGACUAGGAAAUACUUGGGCUCGUUGUACUGGUCCACCCUGACACUGACCACUAUUGGCGAUCUGCCCACGCCGGAGACCAAUGCCGAGUAAGUAUCAUAAAAUGCAGUUACAAAAAAAAUCAUGUCAUCAUUAUUUUAUCUCUAGAAUAUACACAAAAACGCUCACAGUUAUCAUAGUAAUACAUAUAAUAUAUCAAUUACUUAUAAAAAUAUUUCUUUACACAGGUACGUGUUCACUAUUGUCAGCUACUUGAUUGGCGUUUUCAUAUUUGCCACCAUCGUUGGUAUGUUGUGCGCCGCACAAUCCAUUUAAACGUCAUCACUGCUAUAAAUGUUGACUCUACAGCAUAGGUGUUUAUCGGUAUCCUUAUUUCCAGGGCAGGUGGGUAACGUGAUAACCAACAGAAACGCAAACAGACUGGAGUUCGAACGUCUGUUGGACGGUGCCAAGCUGUACAUGCGACAUCACAAGGUACCCAGUGGCAUGAAAAAGAGAGUGCUAAGAUGGUACGACUACUCGUGGUCCAGGUGAAUAUUGUUUGUUGUUUACGCGACUAAUUGAUAGAUGUUAUAUAGCGUCUUUGAAAUUCUAUACACUCGCUCGUAUAUAAAUCGCUAAACGACUGCUGAUAUGUUGAAUGGUAACUCGAUAUACGUACUCCCCCUGAGUCAACACUCUUAACAUAAUAAUUGCAUUUGAAUUUUCGUAGAAUAAUUAUGUCACGCUUUCGCGCUGAUGUUAAAUUAAUUAUAUCCGUAUUCUUACUAUAUUGGCGGCAUUAUAAUAACGUCCAAAAUGUCUAAAAGCGUUUUUUUUUUGUUUUUCGUUUUUUUUUUUUUUUUGUGUAUGUUGCCGGUUUGUUGAAGGGGCCGUAUUCAAGGUGGCGGCGAUAUAAAUACGGCGCUGGGUCUACUUCCCGACAAAUUGAAAACCGAACUAGCAUUACACGUGAAUUUGGCAGUCUUGAAAAAAGUAUAACAUAUCGACUAUAUUUUAUCGUGUACCACGAAAAAUAAUUAUAAUGUAAUAACACGUAUACAGGUUACGAUAUUUCAAGAAUGCCAACCGGAAUUCUUGCACGACUUAGUUCUCAAAAUGAAAGCGUAUAUUUUUACUCCCGGGGAUUUAAUAUGUCGGAAGGGAGAAGUGGCCAGAGAAAUGUUCAUCAUAGCUGACGGCAUUUUAGAAGUCAUAAGGUAAGUACGAUAUAACAAAAUAAAAAACCUGUAAGCAGUAAAGUUCUAAGAUUCGAAUUUUCGCCUAACUGACUUGUUGACAAUAUGUCGUCUUUAAAUUCUGAGCGUAGCGAGAAGUGUAUUGGUUUUGUUAUGAUGUGUGCUUUUUUUUCUGUUUCUGUUUACAACUUUUCAGAAAUCUUGCUCUAAUCAAAAAACCACAAGAAUGGUAUUUUGUAGAAUUUUAAAUCUAGUUUGUGGAUUAAUAAGUUUAUUUUUUGAUUUUCCAUAUAGUUAUUUUAAUUACUGACGAAAAACGUAGAAAAAAUAAGAAAACUGAUUGUAUUAACGGUUUCAUAAUUUUCGAUUUUGUUUUUGUUGUAUUUUAAUUAAAAAUAAUCAUAGAAACCUGAAAUUUUUGCAGAAAACUUAUAUUAGCCUUUUCCAGACGUGGUAAAACAUUCAGACUAUUUUUAAACUAUUUAUAGGCAAGUUUUUAUAGUUUUUAUUUUUUUUUUUGUGUAUAAAAUUGUUUUAGUUCAAUCAGAGAUUUACACGAAUUUCAUCUUAAGGUUUACUUAAUGACCAAACAAAAAAAAGUUAACCGUAAUGUAGUAGUUUUUUUUAUAAGCCUUUUAAAUAUCAAAUGUUAUCAAAUAACAAAAGUAUUGGAAAUGGGUGUUUUCAUUUAAAAAAAAUCAAUUUUAUUGUGCAUGCACACACUGAAAGGGUAAGAAAUUUGAAAAUCUGUACAAAAUAUGUAUUUCAGUAUUUCCUAUCCUCUCUUAAAAACCCCAUUUCAAUCCAAAGUCACUGAACAGAAAUAUUUCGUGUUACCAUUUGAAUGAAACACACUGUAUAUUUAUAUAUAUAUACGGUCAAUGAGGGAACUUCCAGGUUUCAGCUCCUUACCCUACCUGCGUACGCAACUAAUGUUAACACAAGACAAUUAUCAAAUAUCACUGUACUUUUAAUGCACAGAUAACUAACUCAAUCUAUUUACUUACAUAUAAUAUUAUCCUACCAUUAGACAUCAAAACAACACGAUCCUUUAAUACUUUAAAAACAAAAUUAACUAGUUGGCUGCAAAAUGAACUAAACAUAAAACUUUAAUUAUUCAUACCUUUAAUCUAGUAGCUUGCAUUUGUAUUUUAUCAUACUGCAAUAUACAUUAAGUCUACAUGUAUUAAUUAUUGUUACCUACAUUGUAUAUAUUUAAGUUAGUUUCAUCUAAUAAGACUAAAAUUGUAAGAAAAGUUAAAUGAAAAUUAUUAUUAUUAUUAGUUUCCUUGUUACAAAUUGUGAACUUGUGAGCCCCCACACGAACCUGUCCAGUGAGGUCCAUUAUCUUUUCGAAGAAAUAAACAAUAAUAAUAAUUAUAUAAAAUUCGAUUCACCUUAAAAAAAACUCUAAUUCCCAGUUUGAGCUCAUUUCGUCCAGAGCGAGCCGCUAAAAGUGCCCAAAAAUACCGGGAUAAAGGUAUGCGUAUAUUGUAUAACAGAAACAAUGCAGUGCAAUAGUCUCUAUUUUCGGUGAAAAAACGAAUUAUAGUUUUUUUUUAGUUAUCUUUCCGUACUAUAUUAUGUGUAUUAUUAUAGCAGUGAAACUGGUCAUGUUCUGACAAUAAUGAAAGCAGGUGAUUUCUUCGGAGAAAUAGGAAUUCUCAACUUGGAUGGUUUUAAUAAGUAUGUAUAAUGUAUACAAUAUUUUCUUUAUGGUUUUAUAGUACACAUAAUCUAUCAAUUACACAUAUUACCGUCAAACGUUCAAAUUUUAGGAGAACUGCCGACGUACGCUCUGUCGGAUAUUCAGAAUUAUUCAGUUUAUCUCGUGAAGAUGUUCUUGCCGCAAUGAAAGACUACCCGGAAGCUCAAGAUAUUCUUCAAACGCUCGGCAGAAAGCGCCUGAUGGAAGCGAGAACUGCAAAUAAAAUUGGUAGGUAAUAUUAAAUGAAUUAUUAAUAAAUCGCAUAGUAUAAUUAAAAUUAUUGUUAAAUAACCAUCAGUGGCCGAUCGCAUAAAAUCUCGGGCUAACGCCGAGGCUGCGGAAAACUGUAGUGGGAUAGUUGAAAAAAUUCGUAGUGACGUCAAAGGACUCCGAAAUGCAUUUUCAAAAGGACGUCGUGGCACCAGGUUAGACAACGAUAAAAUUAAAAUAUUUAAUGUGUACCUGAUAUUUUUUUUUUUAAAUGUUGUUAUACAUGAAUAAAAUGCAUAAUAAAUAAAUAACUGCUGUACAAAGCAUUUUAAUUAAAAUGUAUAGAAUAUUUUAACGGUACAAAAUAUUAAAAUACUCGUAUAUAUUAUGCAUACAAACAUAUUUAUAAAAUUAAAUUCCAACCUGCUAAUUUUCUUUAUUAAAAUUAGUGUUAUUAUAUUUAAUAAAUUUUUAAACUUUAAUUGAUGUUUUGUUUGAUGUUAAAUAAAAAAAUAUAUAUAUAUAUAUUUGUAUCUUUUUUUUUUUUCAGAGUCCUAGUCGAAGAAAGCAUGGAGUUACAACCGCUAACCAGUAGCGGUCGUAAAUCAGAAAAUACGAGUAGCAAAAGUAUUUUAAGAAGAAUGCCGCGCGUAUGGAGCGAUGAGUUAGCAUCAGGAACCGAUUAUAGUGACGAGGACCCGAGACCAAUAUCUCCGGGCAUUCCAAUUCUGAACAAAGCGAAAUCGGAUAAAGAACCGCGGGUUAUCGACUCAAAAAAGUGUUUGCUAUCGCCUCCGCCUUCUACGUCUGAAACGGCUCGGAAAGAAUCAGUGAAUCAAGAAGUAAUCGGCGCCGGUCUGCCGUUAUUACAGAGACUUCUGAUUCUCAAACAGAAAACUGACCAAGAAGUGAUACAACAAAGUAAACCGAAAAAAUUUGAUCUGGAAGUGCCAGAAAAUGCGCCAAAGGUAAAAUCGAAUGUCAAAUUAAAAACACCAAAAAAGGAAAACACGAAGGUCAUCAGUUUAAAGCAGCGGCUGACGGAUGUCCACGCCAAACCAAGGAAACCGACGACAAAUACGAAAUUUUGGUCGCUUUUGAAAAAAGCUACGGUGCUCACGCCGAAAACCAAGUUGCAGGAUACUGUGAAAAUCGAUAACGAGGUGCCACGUGGCUCGUUGUCGCUUCAACCGAUUUUCAAGACUGCGGUGCCCGAAUUUUCAAAUACGGCCGUCAGCAGCGGUUGCGGAAACAAGUUCAUUGUAAUGUGCCAAAAAUUAGAUGACCAAUACAAACAGGGCUCAUUGAUUGCUCAAAACUUAUCGGCUCAUAAUAAUAGUUUAACCAAUAAUCAUACUGAACACAAUAAUAUUAUUAAGGAACAAUGUGAUAUUAGAAUAGUGCAACGACCGAAAGUGUUGCGUCUGGACGGCACGAAAAGAUGUUACGAUUCGAUUAAUGAUUUGUCGCCCGAAUACGCGGGUUUAUCGUUUGUCAAAAAAUUGAAAAUAUUGAACGAACGUCAGAAGCUGGCCGAACUUGAAGAACGGACGUUCUUGAGAAGCGCCAGUCUGGAUUCCGCGGGGUGCAAGAAUUUGGACGAUCCGUAUUCGAGCCAACUGACGCGCAGUCAUUCGGAAGCAGUCGCCCUUGAGGUAGUAUUAAGAAAUCAAAAACUACGCAAGCCGGAACCGUCGAGCAUUACGCCGGACGAAUGUAACGAAACGGCGGAGCGGAUACGACUUAAGAACAUACUGAAAAAAUUGUCGUCAAACUGUAUCGGCAACGACCGAGUCAAUCAGUUAAUGAAUUCGCAGACCAUAGAAGGGUACGCGGCCAGACACUCGAAACUGACUAGAAACGUUACUUUCAAUCAACGCCGCACCAUAGUGGAAUCGUCACCGGAUUCAUGUCACUCCUUGUUCAUGUUUCCUGACAAUUUAACUCCGCAAUGUAGAAAUCCUGAUCUUGGACCGUUAAAUUCGUCCGGUAAGACUGACGUAUUAGAGUCUUUACAGUCCGAUCCGAACACAAAACUGUCGAAAAGAACCAAUACCACCGACACGGUGCAAUAUUUACCGGACCGGCCAGACAUCAAACAACACUGCUACGACGAAAUUAUAAACGGCGUAAAGACGGUCGUCGAGAAAUGUCUAGUGAGUCGAUUGAUAAAAAUAAUUCGUUUAAAGUGCAUAGGCAGGAUUAUAGCGAAAAUAAAUUUAAAUUUAUAAAUUCACUUCUAUCUGACAUUAAUUGGGGAAUAUAUAAGAAAAUUGUAAAACUUUUUUUUAGCGUUUUUGGCUAGUCGGAUAAUUUACAUAAAUUGUAUUUUAAUAUUUUGCCAAGAUUAAUAUUAAAUGUAGUAUUGGAUUAUGAAAAAUGUAUUAUAUCAAAAACUAAUAAUCGUAUAUUUGAAUAAUAUCGGUACAUCAACGACAUCUCUCAGCAAACCGUAUAAACAUAAUAAUUUUAGUAACCGAUUAUUCCGUUAGGAUUUUUAACUAUAAUAAUAUUGACGUUCACUUAUUUAUAUUAUACCAUCAAAAUGUUCAACGUUUUGUUUUAAUAUUUCCUUUAAUAAUUAAAUACCUGUAUUCUGGUCCAAUUUUAGAUUAAAUAUAGUUAAAAAAAUGUUAUGGUUUUUUUUCCUGUCAACAACUUUUCUACAAACAAUUUUGCUCCGAUUUAAAAUAGCACUUUUUCUCUUUUUAUAAAAAAGUUAGAUCUUUUGUUAUUUUUCUAUUGGAGUAAUAUUUCUGAUAAAAAACGGAAAACGUAAACAUUUAAAAUAAUAAAAUCGUAACACCGUAAAUUUAUCAGUUAUAAUUUUUUUUCGGUUUUUCUUAGUUAUUUAUAAAAUUAUCAGGAAAAUCGAAAAACAAAUAACUUAUUUACAAAUUAGAUUAAAAAUUCAACAAAAAAUGUCUCUUGUUGUUUUUUUACUGGAGCAAUAUUUUUGGUAGAAAACAUACGCUAUACAAAUUUAAAAUAAUGAAAUCGUUGUGCCGUAAUUUUCAAAAAAUCGGAUUUUUCGUCUAUUUCGGUUUUUCCCAAUUGUUAUGGAAACUAUUGUAGAUAUCAAAAAUUGACUUUCUCUGUCACAAGACUAUAUAUUAAAUGGAAUAAAAUCUUUUUUUUCAUUUUUCGAUUGGAGCACUAUUUCUGGUAUAAAACAUAAUGAACAAAAAUUCAAAUAAUUAAACUGGGACUUUUUAUGGAUAAUAACGUGAGUUAUUUAUUUUUACUCCUAGCUCCUUCCAAGUUUGUCCCUGAGAGGGAGCGACCACUACCCCCUCCCUCAUAAGUUGUAUGAUGUAUUUUUGUUACAUAAAAUAUCAAUAAUUCUUAAGUACAAAUAAGUAAAAAUGCAAAUGGUUUUAAAUGCCAUAAAGAUAAUUCCGGAUCUUGAAAAUACUUUGAUUUAAACAAGAAUGAAACACUUCUCAUUUAUAAAUUUUAAUAAAUUUUCUCUCAAGGGUAAAAUAGAAUUAUGGAAAACUAAUUGGGAACAAUCAAUUUGCAAAAAUAUAAUAAAAUAAUACAGGUGAUUUUUGGUAAAAAAUUAAUGUCGGGCAGAGGUAUCACUUUUAAAUAUUCAUCGAAAUGAAGAAUUAAUAUAGAAAAUACUGUUGCAAAACGCCACUUAAAAUAAAAGUAUUUUGGACUUGGACAUCUAACUUUUAUUAAUUAUUAUUAUUUUUGUUAGUCAUAUUAUAAUUAUUUUAAUUAUUAUUUAUUUAAUAUGAAAAAAAUUAAUUUAACUUUUAAAUUGUACUGUUUUACUGCAUUUAUACAAUAUAUUUGCAGACUUUUAAGCUAAUAGAAAUUGAAAUGAUAUCAGACAUAAAGGUUUUAAGUUUUUGUUGACCAAAGCGGUGGUAUUCAAGAAUAAAAAUUGUUCGCCGUAUCCCUCCAAGGAAUUGAUCCAAAGACGCCAAUGAGCAAUACUAUUAACUGAGUUCCGUUCAGAAUCGUUUUUUGUUGGCAAUACUUAAAUUUACAGAUAUGUAUUAAAUUUCCCUCAAUAUUCUACCUUCCCAACUAUUUAUUUAUAAUAGUGUUCAACCCAUCGUGCGAAGUGUAUCCGUCUUUUUUUCUUAUCAGUCAUUAAUAUUAAAUUUAAUUGUUUCACUCCUCCCCCAUAUUCAACGUCUAGAAACGCCCUUGGCUCCUUCUUAAUCUUGCUGAGAUAGUUUUUUGUGCCUUCUAAAAAUGUUAUUUUAAGAACAUGUCCUCUUUCUGCAAUUAAGUGAAUCAAUUCAUAUAUUCUCUUACAAUGGUACACAGCCUUUUUUAACUUUACAUUGUAAAACUAGGGGCGUAUUAAUAAUUAGUAACAAGGGAAUAAGGGAGUCAUAAAAUAACAGGUGAUAUAUAUAUUUAAGCUUAACAAAAACAAGAUAAAAAAUUAAGUUUCCUACCCCCUCGAAAAUUUGUUCCAACUAAGGUACUGUUUAAUCAUGGUUUACCUGCAAUUUUUUUUUUCAGACAAACUUAUCUCUUGUGUUGGGUAAUUAGAGGCCAAUCUCUUUAUACCGUAUUUUGAAAGAAUUCACACUGCUUGUAUCAAAUAUCAUGCAGUUUUCAGUAAAUUCGCUAUACGAGCAACAUGGCCAAUCCAACCAAUCUACUAAUUUCUAUAAUUAUCUAGAUACCUACCAAUAUGGUAUAUUACAUAUUUUGUUUUCGAAUUCGAAAAAAAUUGGAUAACAUCAUUAUCUAAAUAUGAUUAAUAUAAAAUUGUUCAUUUCAUUUUUUUAAUUUUGAAUUAUUUAAACACAUUUAAACUUUUAUUUUGUGUGUGUGUUUUUUUUUUGUCCCCAGGACGAUCUUGAAGGUAAAUACCAAAAUAAAAUCGUUGAACUCAAGUCGGAAAUCAAUAAACGAGAUUAUACAAUCAGUACACUCUGUGAACAAUUCAAUCAGGUAAUUUUUAAAUGAAUAUAAUUAGCCAAUAAUACAUUUUUGAUUUGUUUUAAUAUUUUCAUAUUUAUCGACGGUCUUCUUGUUUAUAGAAACUCUGUGAUCAACCCAUAGACGAGAAAAAAUUAGGAGCUCUACUCGAUGAUUAUUCGAAAAACAUCGAAGAAGACGAUGAAAAUCCGUUUAUAGUAAGUUGUGUCCUUAUUUAUAUUCUUUCCCGUUAGAUUAUUUACUCUGUUUACAGAAUAUUGCGUGCGUGUAAUAUAAUUUAUUAAUGUUGGUGUUUUUUCAAUAUUGAAUUGAGUAUCAAUUGCAGAGAAACGAUUCGGUGGACACGAUUUUAUGUCCGAGGAUUUCUUCGUUCAACAGUUUGUCACCGUUUGACGCGGACGAUUCGAGGCGCUACGAUCCGAAUAAUUCCUUUAGUCCAGCCUUGUUGUCGAAUAAAUCUUGGGAAGACCGAUCGGAAGAGGAAAACAUGGAACUUCGGGAUCUGCCCAAAUCAAUUAUCCCAGAACCGUCGUGGCACCAGGAUGAAACCAGGAUUGAGAUGAACUGUACGGACGACGAAGACGAAGAAGAAUUCCCGCCUAGGUGGGAAAACUGGGAAGUGGAAAUGUUGGUGGGGCAUACUAGCCACGCCGAUCUCCACAUGGAUCCCGGGCUGUUGAGCCGCAGAUCAUUGGACGAGAACAGUAUGAUCAAACAUAGAAGCAUACAGGGCAGAAGGAGGUGUUUGUCAAUAGACAACGUGCCGUUUUCUAAUUCGAUAUUGAGAAAUUUCGGACAGUACGUCCGUUUAGGCAAUUCGUCGUCGCAGUCACCUUCACCCGACAUACUUCCAACGAUAUCCAAAAGUUGUUUUUCGUUGAUAUCACAACCCGAAAAUUAGAAUUAAUCUUGAAUAAUAUUGUUUUGGGUAGGUAUACCUAAUAUAAUACAUGUAUUAUAAUAUUUAACACAAGGGUAACAGGGUAGUUGCGUGGUUAUUAAAAUAGCAUAGAGCUAUAGUUUUUUUGUUUCUUGAAUAUUAUUGUAGUGACAUAACGGACGACUUUGAAUUCGCAGAUUUAUAGAACAUAUUUUUUUAAUUUUUUUUUAAACUAAAUUACAAACUACAGGUAUUCGCAGAAUAUAGCAAACGACCGGCUUCAGAGAUUUCUUUUCCAAUGAUUACAGAUAAACAAACACGCAUGAUGGAAGCAGUGAAAACAUUUUUUUUCUUGGUUUUAGAUAAUAAAUCGAAAAUUAUUUUCUAUCAAGUUUCUGAAUGGAAGUACUUGAAGUCCUCAAACGAAGCAAUUUUGAAAUAUUUGAAAUCGUGUUCUGUGAUUUUUUUUCUCGUGUCUACCAUGUAUGAGGGAAGAACUCAUCCCGGGCAUCAGGCUUUUUACAUUAACUAAAUAAUUUAUUAAUCAUCUCUAAUCCAAAGUACUUUUCCAACGCGACACAUAUUAUUAUAAUAAAGUUUGGACAACAAAUUAAUUUGCCUAAUUUAAUACAGUGGCGCACACAGAUAAGGGUUAGGGGGUUAACCCUUCCCCCCCCCAAAACGUCUUCCUUUAAUUAUUUUGAAUUAAUUUUUUCAUUUAACACCAUAAUAUUUUGUACAAAAGAAUAAAAUAAAAUUUAAUUUCAUCAAAAAAAAUAUAUUCAGUUAUAAUGAUGAUAGUAUAGUAUAGUAUUAUACUGAUAAUAUGUGCUAUCCAUUCUCUAGGAAAUUAUUAUAAACAAAACCGUUACCGAAAAAAAUCCUGAGUGCACUACUGAUUUAGUACUCAAUGUGUUAAUAAUAGCUGGACAAAAAUAUAUUAUAAAGAACUUUUUUAUUUGCGCACUUUCUACAUUGAUAGACCACUUAGUUUAUAAUAAUUAAUAAUAAAAGCC